AUGAAACAACAUUUUAGUCCUUCUGCACACAAGGAAAUUGAUUUAUGUAAUCGUCAAAAAAAUAAUAAAAGGUCUCUUAUAUUUUCUUUGAAUAAUAAAUUUCAAUUUAUACUAAGUGGCUACUCAGAAUAUAGCGAUAAAACAGAUGAAGAUAUAAAUAAUUUAAAGAAAUUGCUAAAAUUUGAAUUAUGUUUUAUAUUAUAUAACACUAAUAAAUAUUCAAACCAGUGCAAAUGGAUCCUCAUUUUGUGGAUGCCUGAAAAAAUGGAGAAAAAUGGGAAAAAUGAAAAAAGUGAGCAAAAUGGGAAAAAUGAAAAAAGUGAGCAAAAUGGGAAAAAUGAAAAAAGUGAGCAAAAUGAAAAAAGUGAACAAAAUCAUAAUCGCGUAUGCAAUUUAAACAAACUGAUCUAUCACAAUUUAAAAAAUAAAAUUCUUGACAUAAUUAAUGAUAGCGAUAUUUUAUGUUUUCAAAUUAAAACGUUUUCCGAGUUAGAAAAUUGCAUAAAUCGUAAUGUUGUUAAAUUUAGCAACCCAAACUAUAUUGAUACUAACUGUUUAGACAUUUUUCCUAAUAAUACAAAAGAUGAAAUAGACAGAAAUAAAAAAUUAGAUAUAAAAAGUGAUCUUUAUAAUCAUUAUAUCCUAAAUUUACAAAUAAAAAAUAUUUAUUACGAUUUGAUUGAAAAAAAUAAAAUAUUUAUAGAUCAUAUUCAACUAGUAAAAGAUGAAAAAGAACCAUGUUUAUUAUUUUUAAAAUUAAACACAAAUAAUUAUGAAAUAAAAAGUGAUUAUAUAAUAAUUCAAGAUAUAGAAUAUCUUAAAAAUAUAAUAAAUGAUGAAAAUAUAUUUUAUACUAUUUAUAAAAUAUUAGAUACAUAUACUUUCUUUUUUUUGUGUAAUGAAAAAUGUAAUGUAAAAGACAAAUUUAUGUAUUCACUUUUUAAAGCAAAAAUUAUACAAUUCUUAAAAAAAAAUAAUAUUGUCAUUUUUUUAAGUAUAGAAAUAAGUAAGCCUAAGCACGUUCUUGAUUUUAUUAAUUCAGACAUAUUAAAAACGGAAAAAAAAAAGAAGCAUACAUUCAAAAAUAAUUAUAUACACAACCAGAAAAGGGCUGAAAAGGGCUGA